AUGUCAAUCGAUACACGCAAAAUAGGGAUCCUCGGCGGGGGACAGCUCGGCCGAAUGCUCAUCCAAGCGGGGCAGUUGAUGAAUCUGGAUAUAGUGGUGUUGGAGGGGGAUACGCAGUCACCGGCCAAGCAGGUAUCCAAUAGGCAGGGAGGCCACGUCUUAGGCUCAUUCAACGACCCAGCUGCUAUCAAAGAGCUUGCUGGGCGCGUAGAUAUCCUCACAGUCGAGAUCGAGCACGUUAACGUGGACGUGCUUGAGGAGGUAGAGCGUGAUAUGGGCGGGCGCGUGCAAGUCUCUCCAUCACCAUCCACCAUCCGCACAAUCCAGGACAAGUACACGCAGAAGGAGCACUUGAUGCACCACCGCAUCCCCGUAGCGAGGAGCGUACCGCUGGAGGAGCAAUCCGCUGACGCGCUCCUCUCCGCCGUCUCAAACCACCUUAGCGGUUUCCCCGUCAUGCUCAAGGCCCGCAAACAGGCUUACGACGGUAAAGGCAACUACCUCGUCAAGAGUGCUCAAGAGGCACAGACAGCCGUCAGCACGCUCGCGCAGACAGCCGGCAAGGGAGGGCUGUAUGUGGAAGAACUUGCCCCGUUCACUGCCGAGAUCGCAGUGAUGGUCGUCCGUUCAGUUGGUGGACAAGUAGUGGCGUAUCCCGCCGUUGAGACGGUGCACGAGGACAGCGUUUGCAGUGUUGUGUAUGCACCUCUCCUUGCGUCUGAUGCGAGUGUGCAGUCGCGCGCGCGCGACGUGGCCACCAACGCUAUCAGCACUUUCGUAGGUGCGGGUGUUUUCGGUGUGGAGAUGUUCCUUCUCGCUGAUGGACAGAUACUGCUCAAUGAGAUAGCUCCAAGGCCACAUAACUCGGGUCAUUAUACUAUCGAGGCUUGUGCUACCUCCCAGUACGAUAACCAUCUCCGCGCUAUUCUCGACCUCCCGCUCGGCGAUACGCAGAUGGUCGUGCCGUACGCUGCUAUGGUUAACCUCCUCGGCAGGGACGAUGGGACGGAAGAGGGAGUAAUGAAGCUCGCUCGUAAAGCGCUCACUCUGCCGGGAGCUCAUGUCCAUUUAUACGGCAAGGCGGGGUGUAGGAAGGGACGCAAGAUGGGACACGUCACGGUAGUAGGGGAAAGUGCAGCGAGUGUGCAUGACCAUGUGGACACACUCACGGCACUGUUGCCAAGUAAGUCAUCCAGCUCGGGCGUGGUGUCCAGCGCACUCGCGCACAUCUCCACACUCCUCCCACCGUCCAUCAAACAAGUUGAAACCGACAAGACCACCACACGCACUAACCCAUCGCACCCACUCGUAAGCGUAGUGAUGGGAAGUGACUCGGAUCUCAAGGUGAUGAGCGGGGCGGGAGCCAUGUUGGGUGAGCUUGGCGUGGAGUAUGAGUUAACAGUGGUUUCUGCACACCGCACACCACAGCGCAUGGCACAAUUCGCACACAGUGCGCGCGCGCGUGGCGUGCGCUGCAUAGUAGCUGGCGCCGGUGGAGCUGCACACUUACCGGGUAUGAUCGCAGCUAUGACCCCACUCCCAGUGAUUGGCGUACCCGUUAAAGGCAGCUCGCUAGAUGGCGUCGAUAGCCUUCAUUCUAUCGUGCAGAUGCCACGCGGAAUCCCCGUCGCUACCGUUGCUAUUAACGGGGGUGUUAACGCUGGUCUUCUCGCGGUGAGGAUCGUUGCAGCGGGCAUGCCACGCUUGUUGGAUGCUCUCGACACGUAUAAGCACCGCCUGGAAGAGGAGGUCUACGCUAAGGUGGAUAAAAUGGAGAAGGUUGGCUGGGAGGAGUACAGAGGGCUGUGA